AUGCUGGUCGCGUUUGCCUGCCUCACGGCGGCCCUCGUGGCGCCAAUCCGGCCGCGCUCGUCGGCUCGCGCCGCCACCUCGAUGUACGGCGGAAUGAUGAGCCCCUACCGAUUCGAAAACAUCGGCCCUUCCCGACUGAACACACCGUUCACCUUCGACUCGUCUUCUUCCACCGACCAAUACUCACAGCGAAUGAUGUACGGGAUGAGCCCCUAUCGCGCGUACGGCGGCGGAGGCGGCUACGAUUACGUCCAGUAUCGCCCGGAGCGGUACCGCGGUGGCAUGCUUGGAGCGUACGGAGGCGGCGGCAUGAGCCGCCUCGGCGGAGGCUGGGGCGGAGGGUACGGAGGCGGCUACGGCAUGAGCCGCUUUGGCGGAGGCUGGGGCGGAGGGUACAUGGACUAUGAGCCUUGGGAGGGGGGCCUCGGCAUGGAAUAUGGACCCUACGACGGCUGGGGCGGCGGCUACAUGGAUUAUGGGGACUAUGGCCCGUGGGACGACUUUGGCGGGUUCGGGGGCGGCUACAUGGAUGGGCCCUGGGACGAUUUUGGCCCCUACGACGAGUGGCAUGGCGGCGGAUGCGGCGAGCCACGUGGCUUUGGCGGCUACGGCGGCGGGUACAUGCGGGGCCGAUGGUGA